AUGACAGUCUGUCUGCUUCUGACGUGCCUGCUGCUCGCCAAGAUGGGGGCAGCUCGGGAUGGGCCCCAUUCAGGGCUGCAGGGCCCGACGGCCAGCUUCCUGCAGGACUCACAAGGGAACAGCCAGGCCGGGCCAGGGCCAGCCGGGCCGGAGGAAGACCACGGCCCUCUGACGUGGCUUCCCCGUCCUCGGUCUUCCCCCGAACGGCCAGACGCCCUGCACACCAGGAGCCCAGCCUGUCUGCCCCUCUGCUCCCUGGCUGGGGCCUCCCCCAAGACCUCAGGCCUGCUGGCCUCCGUCCCCAUCACACGGCCUCUGUGCUCCCAGGAGGAGCUCCAGCCGCCCUCCAACUGCAACAAGCCGCCGCCUGCCUGCAGCUUCCUUCCUUCCUCCUGGAUUCCGCCUGAGCCGGCCGGUGUGGGGGACACCCCCCCAGCUCCCUCCCACCCACGCCCUCUCCUCCACUCAUCUCCAGCCGGAGAAGAAGGAAAACCUCUUCCUGUGAAGCCGCCAGGCAGCAGCCAGGGCAGCCUCUGGCUGGGCUCCCGCCAGCAGCCCCUCAGCCCCCCACCCCGGGGCUUUCCAGAGCCACUGCACUCCCGCCCGGCCCUGCACUCCUCACAUGUCUGCACACGGUCCCUCCCUGAGGCUGAGCGCCCUCGGUUCCCACGCCCGCUGUCCUCCCUCCUCUCCGCCUGGCGAGCUCCUCUUCAUCCUCUGGGACCCUUUGAAAUGCCACUGCCCCUGGGAAGACAACUGGACUCGAGUGAACAGGCAGGCUCUAGAGAAGGGGGGCUGUCAGAGGCGAACCCCGGAAAGGAGGGCGACAGGAGUCAGAAUGAUGACUGGGCAGCUGCCCCCCACUCCCUGUGGGGUCCCCAGGCCCCUCCAGGCCGGGCCCACCCAGAGUCCCAGGCCAGGAAGCCGCUUCUCACGCAUCCGUCUGCAUUUUCCCCACAGCCCCAGGAAGGAUGUUUGUAG